AUGGAACCUGUUGACCCACUCUGUUACACUCCACUCAUUCUGAAAGGGGACCUGGACCAAGCUUACGUUGGAGUCACCAUGGUCCGAUCGGGACAGGAUCCUUAUGCCCGGAACAAAUUCAACCAGGUGGAGAGUGACAAACUGCGCAUGGACAGGGCCGUCCCAGACACGCGGCAUGACCAGUGCCAGAGGAAGCAGUGGCGGGUAGACCUGCCGGCCACGAGCGUGGUCAUCACGUUCCACAACGAGGCCCGGUCGGCGCUGCUGCGCACGGUGGCCAGCGUCCUGAAGAAAAGCCCGCCCCACCUGGUCAAGGAGAUCAUCUUGGUGGACGACUACAGUAACGAUCCGGAGGACGGCGCUCUCUUGGGGAAGAUCGAGAAAGUGCGGGUUCUCCGGAACGACCGUCUGGAAGGUUUGAUGCGUUCUCGGGUGAGGGGGGCAGAUGCGGCCCAGGCCAGAGUCCUCACGUUCCUGGACAGUCACUGCGAGUGCAACGAGCACUGGCUGGAGCCCCUCCUGGAGAGAGUAGCCGAGGACAAGACCCGUGUGGUGUCUCCUAUCAUCGACGUGAUUAACAUGGACAACUUCCAAUACGUGGGAGCGUCCGCUGACCUGAAAGGAGGUUUUGAUUGGAAUUUGGUCUUCAAAUGGGAUUACAUGACCCCGGAGCAGCGCCGCGCCCGGCAGGGCAAUCCGGUGGCCCCCAUAAAGACCCCCAUGAUCGCCGGCGGGCUGUUUGUGAUGGACAAGUCGUACUUUGAGGAACUGGGGAAAUACGACAUGAUGACGGACGUGUGGGGUGGCCAAAACCUAGAGAUCUCCUUUCGGGUGUGGCAGUGCGGCGGGAGCCUCGAGAUCGUCCCCUGCAGCCGUGUGGGCCACGUCUUCCGCAAGCAGCACCCUUACACCUUCCCCGGGGGCAGCGGCACCGUGUUCGCCAGAAACACGCGCAGAGCCGCAGAGGUGUGGAUGGACGAGUACAAAAACUUCUACUACGCAGCCGUGCCAUCUGCUAGGAAUGUCCCCUAUGGCAACAUUCAGAGCCGCCUGGAGCUGAGGAAGAGACUUAGCUGCAAACCCUUCAAAUGGUACCUGGAAAACGUCUACCCCGAACUGAGGGUCCCAGACCACCAGGACAUCACGUUCGGGGCCUUGCAGCAGGGCACCAACUGCCUGGACACGCUAGGCCACUUCGCCGAUGGCGUGGUGGGUGUGUAUGAGUGCCACAACGCUGGCGGGAACCAGGAGUGGGCCUUGACGAAGGACCGCUCAGUCAAGCACAUGGACCUGUGCCUCACCGUGGUGGAGCGGACGCCCGGUGCCCUCGUGAACUGCAGGGAGAACGACAGCCAGCAGAAGUGGGAGCAGAUCGAGGGCAACUCGAAGCUGCACUACGUGGGCAGUAACCUGUGCCUGGACAGCCGCAACGCACGGAGCGGGGGCCUGGGCAUCGAGGUGUGCGGCCCCGCCCUGUCCCAGCAGUGGAAAUUCACGCUCAACCUGCAGCCCUAGGCCUC